AUGGGCUACUUUCUUCGAUCCUCCAAGCAUCGGGCUGAUCCUGAACCCGCGAACGCCGACCUUGCGAAAACCACCAACCUCGAGCAAAAUUCGCGUCGCAAACGCGCCAAAUCCGCGCACACGGGCAAUGAAGCUCUGAUCGACACCCCCGAGAAGUCCAACGAGGCCAAAUGGCAGGAACAUCCGGUCGCUUGCGCGUCCUCGAGUAAGGCGAAAGCCGAUUCUACCAACGCCCUGAACCGCGAACACCUCAGCACCAUGAAGCCGAUCGGCGAGUAUCCCUCUCUGGCAGAGUACAAAAGUGUCGGCUUGAAACCGCCGCCUAAACAUGUACUUGCGACUGCCAAGCUGGUGACACGUACCGACCAAGAUGACGAAGACCUCAUGACCACCGACACCCCCAUGACCCCAACCGCCGAUGAACCUAUGAGUUCUGACAUUCUUUGUUUGGACAAAAAGGGCGACAAAUUCAACGAGGGAAUAAAUCCGGUGGCAUUGAGGAGCUCUAUCGAGAAUGAGGUGGAGAGGGAAUUAGAUGCCGAAAUGGCGGAGGAAGUGAAUGAAGACGAGGCCCUUAAAACCACCCUUGCUACUCCAAUCUCCGAGGCGUUUGAACCUCACCUUCUUCCACCUUCAACUGCUCACCCAUCACUUUCUCCGGCUGAGACUGUUGUUUCUACACCUGCCGACGAGAUCAUAACUGACCCAGCCUUUCCCCUCACCGACACACAGCCUCCUGCGUCUCACGCUGAAAACCCCUUCCACCAAACACAAUCACCUCCGGCCACAGCAGGGGCAGAAACUGAAAUGGCUUCAGAUACUGAUAAGUCCACGCGGCGUGAUUUCAUCGCUUUGUUGAAAUACUUGCCUCUGCCAAAAUCAAAGACCUAUGAUGUUCUCAAUGCGAGAAAAGUUCUGGAAAGGGCUAUCUCCUACUGCAAAUGCUCUACCGACGAUACAGUAGCCUUGAGUCUCGUCUACUUGUGGUCUGAAGCGAAAGAUGACGAGUUCAAGUUGGCCCUGAUUCAUAAUUUAGGCCGCAAAUCCAAUGAACAGGACCACAAUCUUGAUCUUGCACUUCGCACAAUUCUACGACAUUCUGCGGAUGAUGCGUCAAAGUGGUACCGCACAUUCAACGAGAAGCAUGCUCAAUCAGACGUUCUUAAUGGUUAUGAGUCAGGCAGUGACUCUGAUUUAUCAUCCGUCAAAACUCUGGAAAUUGGAACUCACAAAGCUUCCUUUAAAGUCUCUGACGUAUAUCGAGAUGUCUCUGGUCCAAAACUGGAAGAAGCUUUUGUGACUGGCAAAACAAACACUGCGCCCAUCAAACGUGCCAAGAAACCAUGUCCUGCCAACGAGCUUCCUUUCAAGCGACGUCGCGAGUGGGAGUCAGAUCUAUCCAUGGAAGAAAACAUCCAAAGCAAACGCACUCGCUUUGCAAAUGAAUCCAAGCCCGAGGACCUUCCUGUUGAUUCUAGUUCUGUCCGUCCUUUACUGGAGGAGGCAGAAAUACAGCAUCGUAAUGCGGGGGCUGAUUCCGAUGACAAUUCAGAUACUUCUCCUCCAUCACAUUCUCUUUCUCCUCGCACGCAGCGUUCUCAGAAGCGGCAAAGGAUGUUGGACAAAGGCAGGGCCAAGAGGACAGAGAGCCCGACAGGGAGCACGAAGAACACCGAGAACGACAAGGUCAUCAAGAUGACAAAGGGCCAGAAGAACAAGAAUCGCGCGCUAAACUUCCAAAGUAAAAAACAAAAGGCCAAAGAACUUUGCACUUCUGCGAGUGCCCGCCUUCGAUCAGCUACACGAUCCGUAUCUGCCGAUAACACGGAUGAACUUUCUGAUGUAUCAAAUUCAUGCUACUCUAACCGAGUAAACGAAUGGGAUAAGGAUUGGGAUGAGCGGCACCGACCGCAAUCGAUAGAUUUUGAAGAUGAAAACAUGGAUAACUGCAUUAUAUGCGAUGGAGGUGGCAAAUUGCUGUGCUGCGAUACCUGCGAAAAUGCUUUCCACCUCAAAUGCCUCAAAUCCUUGAACAAGGGCUCGCUCAAAGAUGAGCAGGAGUGGUACUGCCCAACGUGUGACACCAAACAUUUAUUCACAUUCUCGAUCAUCAAGGGCAACCACUUUAGAAAGACUGAGUUCUCUCCACCAGAUGAGAUCAAAGAUUAUUUCCUUGGUGUUGCUGAGGGCGUUCAGUACGAUCCAAGCUAUCCGACCGACGUGAAGAACCAGCGCUAUUACAUGUCUGUCCCCCACAUUCCCCGUCUGACUAAGCCACCCAAAGCUGGAACCGCAGCACCAGUCUACAAUGACAGCAACCUGACCAAACUGCUUGACAACAAGCAAGUGGUUCUUUGUGACGGGUGUGGCAGAUGUUCAGACAAUGUACGUCCCAUAAUCAGAUGCGACUACUGCACCUGCCGCUUCCAUCUGGACUGUCUUGACCCUCCCCUCGCUGCACCCCCUAACCCUGUCACUGGCUGGAUGUGCCCCAACCAUCUUUCUCCCGAUGACAUGAUCGCCACCAAAAUAGUUGACGGCCAGGUGCAAGAGCGCCGUGUCCGUCGUCCCAAGAAAGUUAACGUCAUUGACCUGGAUAUCCUGCCUCAGUCUGACCAUGAAAGCACCUUUGAUGAUGAGUGGCGCGAAAGUCGCAUUCGUGUCCCUGCUGGUGACGUGGUCAUGGACUUCGUGAAGACUGUCAAAUCAGAUCAAAAGAACAUUAAUGAUGAGACUGCCCAGCGUGUAAAGAAGCACAUGUUGAAGGUCACGAAACUUGCAAUGAAGGACUUGGCUACAAGAACUCUCUCAAAUGUUUCGAACGAUUCCAGAUUCUCGGCCACUUCCAAAGAAUGGCUGGAUGAAUUUGAUGCUCUCUGCGACUCUGAAAUACGUCGUGUUCGAACUGGCUUUCGCCGUGACGAGGAGUUCGAGGCUGCCGAUUGUCUCCUUGAUCUGGCUCAGGCCGCCCUUCAACCACAACAACCUCAAAGUUCUCCGACCGAGCAGCCCACAAAGGCUCCAACUACGACUACUGAUACUGAGGAAGAUCCACAGGAGAGUGAAGUCGCUGAGUAA